CUGGAGCACCCCAACAUCAUGGGCCUGCUGGGGGUGUGCCUGCAGGAGCCCCACCUCUGCCUGGUGAUGGAGUUCGCCCGCGGCGGCGCCCUGAACCGCGCGCUGUCCGGGAAGCGCAUCCCGCCGUGCACGCUGGUGGACUGGGCCGUGCAGAUCGCCCGCGGCAUGCUGUACCUCCACAGCCAGGCCAUCGUGCCCAUCAUACACCGGGACCUCAAGUCCAGCAACAUCCUGAUCCUGGAACGAGUGGAGAUGGAGAACCUGGGCAACAAGACGCUGAAGAUCACGGACUUCGGGCUGGCGCGCGAGUGGCACCGCACCACCAAGAUGAGCGCCGCGGGUACCUACGCCUGGAUGGCGCCGGAGGUCAUCCGCUCCUCCACCUUCUCCAAGGGCAGCGACGUCUGGAGUUACGGCGUGUUGCUGUGGGAGCUGCUGACGGGCGAGGUCCCGUUCCGGGGCAUCGACACCCUGGCCGUGGCGUACGGCGUGGCCAUGAACAAACUGGCGCUGCCCGUCCCCUCCACCUGCCCCGAGCCCUUCGCACGCCUCAUGGAGGAGUGCUGGAGUGCGGACCCCCACUCCCGGCCCACCUUCUGCUGCAUCCUGGACCAGCUCACCGCCAUCGAGGAGUCGGGGUUCUUCGAGAUGCUGGCGGCCUCGUUCCACUCGCUGCAGGACGACUGGAAGGUGGAGAUCCAGGAGAUGUUCGACCAGCUCAGGACCAAGGAGAAGGAGCUGCGGUCGUGGGAGGAGGAGCUGAGCCGCGCGGCGUUGCAGCAGAAGUGCCAGGAGGAGGAGCUGAAGAGGCGCGAGCAGGAGCUGGCGGAGAGGGAGAUCCACAUCCUGGAGCGGGAGCUGAACAUCAUCAUCCACCAGCUGUACCAGGAGAAGCCUCGCGUGGAGAGCCGCCAGGGCAAGUUCCGCCGCAGCCGCCUCAAGCUGAAGGACGGCAACCGCAUCAGCCUCCCCUCAGACUUCCAGCAUAAGAUCACGGUGCAGGCGUCUCCGUGCCACGACCGGCGCCGCAGCGUCCUGGGCACCGGGUCCAGCCCGCCGGGCAGCCCUCCUCUGCUGACACGCCUCCGCGCCAUUCAGCUCACCCCCGGGGAGGGCUGCGUUGCCUGGGGACGCGGCACGGCCUUCAUGCUGGAGGAAGAGGAGGGAGAGAGGAAGAGCUCCAGGACCACGGGCCGGACGCGAGGCUCCGGACCGUACCGGGAACACAGCGCUGAUGCCAGCGUGCGGCCGUCCCACGAGUGCAGCAGGCAGCGCUCCUGCAGCGCCCCCAACCUGCGGAGGUCCCCCCGACACAGCCCUGCUGUCCCCGGGGUCCCCAGCCUGGUGGAGCUGGAGAACGAAGACUGCUGCUUCAGCAGCGAGCCCAGCCAGUCCCCGGGCCCGUCCCGGGACCCCUCCCCGGGCCAGUCCUACCUCUGCCUCCCCUUCCAGGGCCACGGGGCCGAGGGGGACGCGGGGCCCCGGGACAGCGGCCCCGGGGCCCCGGCCACGGAGACCACCCCCGUGAAGAGGAGCCCGGGGCGGGGCCGGCGGCCGGAGCUGGUCCUGCUGGGCUGCGGGGCCCUCCUGGCCGCCGUGGGGCUGGGCUUCAACCUGCUGGCCCUGGCCCCGCCCGAGGAGACCGCCAAGCCCGCCCGCUGGGACGGCUUCUUCCACCGGGCCGGGGGGCACCGGCAGAGCUCCAGCCGGCGGGAGAGCCCUCUGAAGACCCCCCCCGGCCUCCCCUCCUCCCUCACCCUCCUCUCGCUGUCCUCCGUCUCCGACUGCAACUCCACCCGCUCCCUGCUGCACGCCGACAGCGAGGAGCUGCUGGCCUGCCGCCCCGCCAAAGCCUCCGCCUCCGCCCGCGCCCAGGCCCCGCCCCCUCCGCCGGCCUUCCAGCCCCGCCUCAACCCGCUGGUCAACACCCACCUGGAGAGCUUCAAGCGCAACCCCCGGCAGUCGCUGACGCCCACGCACCUGCCCUCCGCCCCCAGCGCCGUCCGCUGCCUGAGACGCACGCCGUCCGACGGCGCCAUCAAGAAGAACCUCCAGCCUCUACCCGAGAGGGGCCCCUGGGACGCCCCGGGCGUGUUCCGGCCCCUGAAGGACCCCAGCCCUGAGGUGCCCCGGCUCCCCAACCCCAACCUCCUGUUCCCUCCGACCCCCCGCAGACGCUGCGCCCCGGAGCGCCCCAAGACGCUGGACUUUGUGGCGCGGCCGCGGCCCUCCCCCCGGGCCCGCGGCGACGCCUUCUGGCCCGAGCAGAGGCCCAGGGCCAACGGACAGAGCCUGGCGGCCGGCGAGUCCCCGGCCCACUCCUCCAGCACCGAGACCCCGCCCACUGUUGAGUUUGGCCGGGACACGGCGGCGGCGGCGGCAGUGCCGGCCACGCCCAUGGAGGCGGCGCCCACGCCGACGACCUUCUCCCCGCGCCGGGUAAACAACAUCAACAGGAACCUCCUAGACCAGCUGGACGAGGUUCAGUGCCGAGACGGGACGGUUCCCCUGUGCCGGCCUGAACUCAGCUUCCCCAAGGCCUCCCCGUACCACCACAAGCACGGGUUCUGGUCAUAA